GCGAUCGUCGUGGCAGUGGUCGUGGCGGUCAUCGUCACAGUGGUCACGACAGUGGUGGUAGUACACGAAACAGUGCUGCCGAAAGUGGUGAUUUCACUGCAAUCUCCUGCCAUGGCAGCAGUGGUGUUGAAGGCACUAAUGCAGGAAUCUACGAUCGAACUGCUGCACCCGGAGGCGACGGCGCCGCCCUCUUCGCUGCUGCAGCCUUGCAAAGUGCCCAUCAG